AUGGCAGGAAAACCUGUGACCGCACCGGCGACACAUAGCCAGCCUUCUCGCAAAGGCAAAAAGGCAUGGCGAAAGAAUGUCGACCUGAGCGAAGUCCAGGGUGGAUUGGAGACUGUCCGCGACGAGAUUAUUCAAGGUGGUGUGAUCGCCGAGAGGGAGUCUGAUCAGCUCUUUACCACCGACGUCCUGGGAGAUGCAGAGAUUGAGCGGAAAUCGAAGAACAAGAAACUCCUCCGAGCCGACGACAUUAUCGCCCAAAGAAGUGCUGUUCCAGGAAUCGAGAAGCGCAAGCGCAAGGGCGAAGAACUAGAGACCUUCACGACUGGCAAGAAGCAGAAGAAUGGGACAUACAUAUCACACCGAGAGUUGCAAAGGCUGAAGAUGGUCGCUGGUGGCACAAAUGGUGGUAUGCACUUGGAUGAGCGAGUGGAGCACGAUCCGUGGGAUGCGCCUGCUGCCCCUGUCAUGGAUGAGCGAUUCAGCUUCUUGGAGCCGCCAAAGGACAAAGUUGCGCCAAAAUCGCUCAAGCAAGCACCUGUGCCUCUCACAGCCAGUGGUAAGCCACUUGCGAGCGUGCGCAAACCGGAGGCAGGAAAAUCAUACAAUCCGCUCGUAGGUGACUGGUCGGCUCUGUUCGAGCGUGAAGGGGCGGCUGCAGUGGAGGCGGAGAAGGCAAGGCUUCAGGCCGAGUUUGAGCAGGAGGAGCGUGAACGUAAUGCUCUCGAGGAGGCCGCGAGGGUUGAAGAGGCAGAAAAGGAUGCAUUUGCGACUGACUACGAGAGUGCAUGGGAGAGCGAGUGGGACGGCAUUCAAUCCGAGGGCGAGAAGGAGAUCCACACAAAGAAGGUCGCAAAGAGGAAAACUCCUCAAGAGAGGAACAAGAUCAAGGCGCGAAAAGAGCGUGAGCAAAAAGAGAAGUGGGAGAAGAAGCAGAAGCAGAGGAAUGAGCAGGAGAAGCAUAUCAAGAAGAUUGCCCGCGAGCUGUCAGCAAAGGACCGUGCGAUCCGUCCUGGCACUCUGGUUUCGACUGGCAACGACGACUCCGACUCCGACGAGAACAAUGGUCCGGAGCAGUACAAGAAACGAAGAUUCGGUCAGAUCGCCAUUCCAGAAGCACCACUGGAAGUCACUCUGCCUGAAGAUCUCGAGGAUUCGCUGCGUAGACUCAAGCCUGAAGGAAACUUGCUCACGGAUCGUUACAGGAACUUGCUGAUCAAUGGCAAGCUGGAGGUGCGAAAGCCUGUUGGACAGAGGAAGCAGAAGCAGACUUACAGAACGGAGAAAUGGACGUACAAGGACUGGGAGUUGAAGUAG